AUGGCUUCCUCCAGUGGUACAGUGACAACGUCAUCAGGUGGUUCAUACCCGCUUCAGAUAUCGGGUUCAGACGAAGAUAUUCAGCAAUUAAUGGAUCAGAGGAAGAGGAAAAGAAUGGUUUCAAAUCGGGAAUCAGCAAGGAGGUCGAGAAUGAGGAGGCAAAAGCACCUGGAGGAUCUCAUGAUUCAGCUGAGUCAACUCAGAAAGGAUAAUAGUUUGGUUAUAGCUAAUGUUAGCACCACCAUUCAGCAUUAUACGAGCGUGGAGACUGAGAACUCGGUGUUAAGGGCUCAGGUGGCGGAGCUCAGCCACAGGUUGGAGUCGCUUAAUCAGAUCAUGGCGCUCAUGAAUCAACCUAUCGACGCCGGUUGUGGGUUUGUGGAGGAGCAGUAUGGCAUGGGUGGCACUGAGUUGAUCGAGGAGUUCAUGGUUAACUCACUGAGUAGUUUUUAUGCGAAUCAGCCUAUUUUGGCUUCUGCAGACAUUAUUCAGUAG